AUGGAAAGUAGGAAAUCGCAUAGGGCAGGCCAGUCACAAUACAAGAAUGGUAUUUCUAGGCCAUCUGAUUUUGGAGAUAACGAGCUGACAGAGGAAAGAGACGAGGAAGCUUUAGAAAAUAAAGAUACUACGGAUCUACGUCGGUCGUCUUCGAUUUCAACCAUAUUAGAGGAAAUGGGUAAUGAAGACGUAGGAAACUCUCAUGAAAACCAGGGAAAAGUUCCAACUGCAGCAACGGCCAAGCCUGCAGGCGACUUUACAAUGCUGGAAGAUACAGGAUAUAAGAACACUGUGCACUCCUCCAGAUCUUGGAAUAUAUUGCCCAGGAUAGGUGAGACGGUUCAUAACCGUAAGCAUUCCUUGAAUUUUGCAACUUUGAAGCUGAAUGGAGUUAAUAAGGAAAUUGUAUAUGAUCCUCGCUAUAAUGCAUUAUUUCCGAAGGUAGAGAUCUUCUACUCUGCUAACGCACAUACAACUACAACGGACGCAUAUGUUCAUGCUAAGACACGCUUGGAGUCUUACGUACAAUUUUUGGAGAUAUAUCAUAACUCAAGACGUUAUGCAUCUGCAUGCUAUCCAUUUAAGGUUAAUAUUGCACCAACCGGUGCAUCUAGCGGUUACCCAUCUUAUAUGUCCGGAAUAAAUUACGAAGAGAUAGGAGAAAUGAUUCAAUUCUGGUUUACGCAAGCGCUUAAAUUCAUACUUGAUAAGAACUCUAUGUUAUUUUCCAGAGAAAUAGCCUCAUUUCUUAACAAACGUUCGGCUGCUUUAUUGGAGCGCGCAGCUGAACCUGCCUUGACUGAUGAUGAGAAAGAUAUCAUGACAGACACCUUAAAAAGUGCAGACAUUUUACUAAUCAGAUGUGCUCUUGAGGAGGAGUUUAGUUGGCAGUUGGCCUUAGAUGAGCCGAACUGGAACAUUGUUGACUUUUUUGUAGAUCUUACCCCUUUCAGUGACCGUACGGACGGCAAACCUCAGCAAAAUACAGAUGGAGAUAAAGCGUCAAACGUUACUGCUACCUCUACACAAUCGUCGCUUUCUGUUAACAGUUCUUCAGCUGAAAACUCAUCAACUUCGUCAGUAUCAGAAGAAACUGAUGAAAAAGACUCCCUGGAAAAUGUUGAGAAAGUUAACCCUGGCUCUACCAACUUUCACAUUGGCUCAGAGCUUCCAAAUCUAGGAACCUCAUGUGUUCAGGACUGUAUGGGCCGGGAUUUGACAAAAUUGUCUGACAGGAAGCCCGGAAUGGCCGCCUUGGCCAGGAAGCUCACUGAAAUUUCAAUAGAGGAUGCUCGAUCCGAAAGAACUACAAAACGAGAAAAAAAAGUGAAAUUUCCUAGAGGUGCUGCUUCUACAUUGGGACUUUCAAACAUUUUUAAGCGUAAAGCUUCUCAUGCCGAUUCAUUGAAAAAUGAAUCAAAUGGUAACUCAUUCGGAGAUUCCGCCGAAAGAGUUAACUUCAACAUUCAAAACAGGUAUUUGGAGGACUAUUAUGCAAAUAUUCUUGGGAAUUAUAGGAAGCUCAUUUUGCCUGCUCAGUAUGUUUUUCCAAAAAAGAAUUUAAUAAAACUGGCCCAAAAGAAGGAGAAGCUCAACGAAGCACAAGCUAGAAAUUACGAAAAGGAAUUCCUGAAAAUUAAGCUGCCGCUUGAAUCAAAUUUUUUCCCCGUGAUUAUGUGCCCUGAUGUUUGGAUACCGUUGCCUUUUGCUAAAUGGAAAGGUUUCUUAAAGGAAGUUUACAGAUGUAUCUCACCGGGUGGAUUUCUGCAAACAUCAACAAGCAAUUUUAUUACUACGAAUAUUUGCGAGGUUUCGGGGAAAGAUAAUGUGAAGUUCUCUACUACUCGUGAAUUGGAUGACUUAACGGAGUCAAUUUCUUUGGAAGGCGUAAAAAGAGGACUCCGUGUCUAUCCCAUGCGAUACUUGGUCCAGCUGUUGAAAGAGGUUGGAUUCGUAGAUGUUAAUUACACUGUUGUUAGUCUAAAGCGAGGCGAUUUUACAACAAAUAUGGGGAUGAUUUUCGAGUUUCUGGCUUUAUAUUAUUAUGAUUUUCAAUUGAGAGCUGGUUUUCUUGAUGCCGAUAAAGCCCCUCAAGGUACAGAUCCAGCCUCAUUUCCUUUACGUUACGUAAAGGAACAUUUGGGAUCUGUCGAUAAUGAUGCAGGGGUUCUGCGUUUGGUACUUACUACCGCUCGAAAACCUAUGGAGUAA